UUGAAGAGUUACGGAGGAGGUUUGGAAAGAAGGAGCAGCUGGAGGAAAGUUUGUUGCAAACUCGCUAAAAGCCACAGACAGUAAGUUGCUGAAGUCGGCUAGGAAUUACAACCGUCUGUCCAGACAACACCCAACAGUCCAGUGCCGCAGGAUUUGUCAUUUGCAAGGAUUGCAUCGCAUAAAAGGCUGUUUUUAAAUUUUUUACUUUUAACAUCAAAUAAUAACCACGCGAGUGACGAGCUUUGGGGACUUUAGGAUUAUGAGUUGAUUUUAUAGACUUGCACCGUUUUUCUUUGCCCUUUAUGAUUCCAAAAAACGAGUAACUACUACAGAAGAUAGCGCCUUUAGUUUUAGGGGAGUUGAGCAGAACAACAGCGAAAUAUUCUACAGGUUUCUAAGGACCAAAAACAACCAAACAGCAUUUUAUAAGAAGGAUACAUCUUUUAAUAUAAACAAAUAUCUACAGAGAAGAAAAUAAGUUAUUAUUAAGUGAUUUAUAUUUUAGCCUGAAAAUGGCGAAGGUUGGAACUUUAGACUCUGGUGCAGAAGGAGUCAAUAGUGAGUUCAGCGACAUCAUCAAGUGGAGGUCAGAUGAACAUGAUGCUGUACAGAAGAAGACAUUCACAAAAUGGAUCAACACUCGAUUUGCAAAGAGUGGAAAACCAUCAGUCAAGGACAUGUUUACAGACCUCAGGGAUGGACGUAAGCUUUUGGAUUUGCUUGAAGGCCUAACAGGAACCUCACUGACCAAAGAACGAGGAUCUACAAGGGUACAUGCCCUAAACAAUAUCAACAGAGUUCUUCAGGUGUUAAACCAGAACAAUGUGGAGUUAGUAAACAUAGGAGGGACUGAUAUUGUUGAUGGAAAUCAUAAACUGACCUUGGGUUUGAUCUGGAACAUCAUUUUGCACUGGCAGGUCAAAGAUGUCAUGAAGGAUAUUAUGUCCAACCUGCAACAGACAAACAGUGAGAAAAUACUUUUGAGUUGGGUACGUCAGUGUACUCGGUCUUAUGACCAAGUGAAUGUUCUAAACUUCACCUCCAGUUGGACUGAUGGACUCGCGUUCAAUGCAAUUAUUCACAAAUUCAAGCCUGGUUUAUUCAGAUGGGAAAAUGUUGUUCAGAUGACACCAGCAGAGAGAUUAGAAAAUGCUUUCAGUCUUGCCAGGCUCCACUUAGGAAUUGAAAGACUCUUGGAUCCAGAAGAUGUUGCUGUACAGCUACCUGAUAAGAAAUCUAUUAUUAUGUAUGUGACAUCACUGUUUGAAGUCCUUCCUAAAGAUGUAACUAUUGAUGAUAUUCGAGAAGUAGAAAGUUUGCCUCGGAGAUACAAGAUUGACUGUGGAGAAAGCCAGUUUUAUAGUCAACAGGGCACAACAUCGGAAGAAGAGACUGGUAGCUCUCGAGCAGAAACUCCAAGCACUGUCACAGAAAUAGAAGUAGAUCUUGACAGCUACCAGAUGACGCUGGAAGAAGUACUAACAUGGCUGCUAUCUGCGGAAGAUACCUUACACAUGCAGGAUGAGAUAUCAGAAGAUGUGGAAGAAGUUAAAGAGCAGUUCCACACUCAUGAGGCCUUUAUGAUGGAAUUGACAGCGCAUCAGAGUAGUGUGGGUAAUGUCCUUCAGGCAGGGAACCAAUUAAUUGCUCAAGGCAGCCUGACUGAGGAGGAAGAGAAUGAAAUUCGUGAGCAGAUGACUCUCUUAAAUGCCCGUUGGGAAGGUCUAAGAGUGGAUAGCAUGGAUCGUCAAGCCAGUUUACAUGAAGUUUUAAUGGAGUUACAACAACAACAACUGCAGCAGUUGUCUGAUUGGUUGACAGAAACUGAAGCCCGUAUUCACAAAAUGGAGUCAGAACCUAUGGCUGAAGAUAUGGAAUCCUAUCAAAAGCAGAUCGAGUUGCAUAAGGUGCUUCAGAAUGAUUUGGAAAUUGAACAAGUGAGAGUAAAUUCCUUGACCCACAUGGUAGUCGUGGUGGAUGAGAAUAAUGGAGAAAGUGCUACUGCCGCACUGGAGGAGCAGCUACAGUCCCUGGGUGAGCGUUGGGCAGCUGUUUGUCGCUGGACAGAGGAGAGGUGGCGCAAACUUCAAGACAUUCUUUUAGUAUGGCAGCAGUUUAUUGAAGACCAGUGUUUAUUCAAGGCAUGGCUUUCAGAGAAGGAGAAAACUCUAAGCAACAUCCAGACCAGCACUUUCAAAGAUCCAAAUGAAACAAUUGUAACAGUGCGAAAAUUAGCAAAUUUAAAGGAAGAUAUGGAAAUGAAACGAAAAACACUUGACCAAUUAGGUGACGCUGGACAGGAUGUUUCACAGCUGCUAAACAGUGGAAAGUUUUCUCAGUCACUGCAUAGAGAAAUGGAAGAAAUGUCACAAAGGUGGGACAACCUAGUACAAAAACUCGAAGACUUUUCAAACCAGAUGACAGAUCUUCUGACAGACUCUGGGGUAUCACAAGUUCAAGAAACAAUUGUUGAAGCAGUUUCUGUUCAGGAGAAAAAAUCUACCCAAGAAUUACCUCCACCACCACCUCCUAAGAAACGUCAAAUAUAUAUAGAUUUGGAUGUGAAAAAAAUGAUUGACAGAGAAUGUGCUGAAGUUAUGGAUUGGAUUUUGAGGUCAAAAGCCUCUCUUCAUUCAUUAAACUUUGAAAAUUACUCAAAAAAUCUAGAUGUGAAAAAUAUUAAAGAAGCAAUAAAGACUGUUGAAGCUGGUCUUACUGAGAGAGAGCAGAAGGUUAAUGAUACUACGGAGACUCUACAGAGCCUCUUGGAACAAAUGGAGAAAGAAGCCAUUCCUGGGGAGGAAGUCAGAAAUACUCUUGAACACAUUUCAGUGGAAUGGAAGGAUAUUGGAAAACAAGUACAAGAGUGUAGGGAAAAGAUUCAGCAUCAAGAGAAAAUUAAUACAUUUUAUUAUGAACUGAAAAAGCUGGAGUGUGUUGUGAAGGAAAAACAGGAAUGGUUGAAUAGUGCAUCUAUACAAGGAUUGAGAGAAUCGCCUUCUCACAAUCUGAAAGAAUCUUAUGAGUCUCAAGUGAAGCAGCUGCUGACAUUGACACCAAGGAUAGAGGAGCUGCAGGCUGAGGCAGAUGACCUUGCGGGAGUACAUUCGAUUAAUUUCGUUCAAAAGGAUCUUGGUGCCUUUAUUACUAACUAUAAGGAGAUUGUCAUGUUGGGUCAAAAUAAGCAACAGCAACUUAAUUCAGAUCUUGCUACCCUGCCCAUUCAGGAGCUGCAGGACAGCUUAAAAAACCUUGGAUACUUUUUGGAGGAAGCAGAGAAAGAACUUACUAUGAUACAGAGUACAGUACAGAACCAAGAAACCUUAGAGAAUUCUGUGAGAAACAUACAGACUAUUUUUGACAAGCUAGAACAGCAGAAACCACUUUUAGAAAGACUUGCAACAGAUACCAAAAGACUUCAUUCACCGGGUCCUGGUGAUUUAGCCAAAGAAUAUGAACAAGUUCAGUCCCUCUGGUCUGCAGUGAAGUCAAGAACUAACACAGACUUAGAAAUGAUGCAAGAACUGAAGGCAAGACUUUCAGAGUUUGAGAAUAAUGGUGAAAUUGUGCAGACAUGGAUUGACAAAGUGGAGUCUUCAUUGACCAAAGGAACUUUACCACUUGAUGAUUCUGAGAUGCUUCAGAGAGAGCUGGACCAAUGCAAGGUCUUGGUUGAUGAAAUGAACAGAGUGGAAAUUGCAUUGAAAAGUAUGAAAGAAACAGAAUCUAGAUCAAGACAUCUCUCUUUUCCACAUUUGUAUGGCUGGAGCCAAGCAAGAUUGACAGGCUAUCAAAUGCAAUGGGAGAAACUUAAGAAACAGAUUUUAAGCCAUCAUGACCAGUUGUCUGAGAACCAGGAAAAGGCAGAGAAUUUGAAAAAAGAUUUGGCAGAGAUGCAAGAGUGGAUGACUCAAGUAGAUGAAGAAUAUCUGAUGAGGGAUUUUGAAUACAAGAGUCCAGAUGAAUUGGAGGGAGCCUUGGAUGAAAUGAAGAGAGCGAAGGAGGAUGUGUUACAGAAGGAGGUGCGAGUGAAGAUUUUGAAGGACAACAUUAAUACUCUUGUGGCAAAAUCACCACCUGGUGGCCAGAAUUUAACAUCUGAUCUUGCAGUAGUUCUUAAGAAUUAUCAAAAGUUGUGUGAACGAUUUCAGAGAAAAUGCCACACAUUAGAGGAAGUUUGGUCUUGUUGGAUUGAGUUACUACACUAUUUAGAAAUGGAGACUAACUGGUUAAACGAUUUGGAGGAACAGGUCCAGAAUACUGAAAACUUGCCUGACAAUCCAGGAGUUGUUGCUGAAGCAUUAGAGAAUCUUGAGUCAGUUCUGCGACACCCAGCAGAUAAUAGGACACAAAUCCGUGAACUUGGGCAAACACUGAUUGACGGUGGAAUCCUUGAUGAGAUUAUCAGUGAAAAACUUGAAACAUUUAAUGCACGUUAUGAAGAGCUCAGCCACCAGGCUGUCAGUCGACAGAUAUCCCUGGAACAGAAUUUACAGUGUCUGAAAGACAACGAACAGGUCUUGCAAAGCCUUCAAGAGUCACUGACACAGUUAGAUCAGCUUUUAACUUCAUAUCUGACUGACAGAAUAGAUGCUUUCCAGCUUCCACAGGAGGCACAGAAUAUUCAUGCUGAGAUUACAGCCCAUGAAGUCACCUUAGAGGAGCUUCGUCGUAGAAAUGUUGGCAACUUCCCUCCUGCCACCCAGGAGGGCAAAUCUCCAAGAGGAGGAACCAUGCUUGAUGUCCUUCAGAGAAAACUUCGGGAAAUAUCAACUAAGUAUCAACUAUUUCAGAAGCCAGCCAACUUUGAACAACGCAUGUUGGACUGUAAACGUGUUUUGGAUGGUGCCAAAAAUGAGUUACAUGUACUGGACUUGAAGGGUGUUGAGCCUGAUGAGAUUCAAACUCACCUGGAUGGCUGCAUGAAGCUGUAUAAACUCCUCAGUGAGGUAAAACUUGAAGUGGAGACUGUAAUUAAGACAGGAAGACAGAUAGUUCAGAAGCAGCAAACCGAUAACCCUAAAGCAAUGGAUGAGCAGCUAACUGCAUUAAAACUCCUUUACAAUGACCUCGGAGCUCAGGUAACUGAGGGGAAGCAGGACCUAGAAAAAGCACUACACCUUGCUCAAAAAAUGCAAAAGGAAACAACAACGUUGGAUGAUUGGCUGAAAGAAUCAGAGGCAGUUCUCGGUAGAAAAACUACAUCAGAAGACAUGCCUGCUGAAAUUGAGGCAGAGGUUUCUUGGACAAAAGGAUUGCUUAAGGAGCUUGACAGAAAGAAAGCUGAUAUAGCAAACAUAACUAAGGGAAGUGCUGCCCUGCAAAGUCUAGUGGAGGUUAGUGUGUCUCAGCUGGAGGAGCAUCUUUGUGAUCUUAAUAGGGACUGGGAGCAAGUGCACAGCUUAGCUGAAGAUUGGCUAAAUACAUUGCUGAAACAUGAGAAUGAAAUGGAAAUUUUUGAUGAAAAUCUGGCUCACAUUAGCACAUGGCUUUACCAAACAGAAAUCAAAUUAGAUGAGACUGAGAAACAGUCACCAAAUGAAAAAGACAAAGUGAUUAAGAACUUGUUAUCGGAGCUGGAAGUCAUCACUUUACGUGUUGAUAGUGUCCGUGAUCAAGCAAUAAUUUUAAUGACUAGCAGAGGGUCAGCGUGCCGUGAUGUUGUAGAACCCAAACUUGCUGAAUUAAAUCACAAUUUUGCAAAAGUUUCCCAGCAUAUUAAAGCUGCAAAGAUGGCUGGAGGUACUGCAUCCUCAACAUAUGAUUUUAAUCUUAAACAGGAUGGAAAGACAGAAAUCUCACCAUCGGAAAUGUUCAUUGUAUCAGAAAGAGAGAUUAAGAACAUAUUUAAAAAUCUGGAUGAACGGCUUGUAUGCCUGGAACAACUAGCUGAAGAUGAUGAAAAGUUGGAUGAAGAAAAAGCUCAGAUUGAAGAGAUGCUUCAAACAUGCGAGCUAAUUUAUGAACAGACCACAGAUUAUGCAAAAAAAGAAGAAAUAAACAGAAAUCUUUUACAGCUUCAGAACAAAUAUAGCAUGCUGAGGGAUAUCAAGUUAUUACAUAAGAAGAAAUCAUAUGAAUUACAUCCUACAUUUUCAACACAAAUCAAAAAAGAAAAUGAUGUGUCAUUAAAAUGGAUGAAUGAAAAUGAGACCAGAGUUACAACACAGCAAGAAACUGAAGAGGAUCAUAAGUUAGAGCAUUUACCUGAGAGGUAUAUACCUGAUUUUGAACUUUCCUUGUAUCCAUCUGACUACCUCCUUGAAAUAAACAAAAUCUUGCUGGCAAUGGCAGAUGUUGAGUUGAUGAUUAAUUUGCCAGAGCUUACCAGUAGGGUAUAUGAAAAUUUUUCAAGCCAGGAGGAUACAUUGAAGAAUAUAAAAGACAACCUUGAGAAGUUGGGUGAACAGGUGGCUGUCAUUCACGAGAAGCAUCCUGAUGUGAUAUUUGAAGCUUCAAAAUCAGAGGUUGUGCAAAUAGGUGAUGCGCUUAUUCAAUUAAAUGCAGAAUGGGACAGAGUCAACCGAAUGUACCAUGACCGUAAAGGAUCCUUUGACAAAUCAGUAGAGGAAUGGCGGCAGUUUCAUUGUGACUUAAAUGACCUUACCCAGUGGGUUACAGAAGCGGAACAGAUGCUGGCCAAUGGAUAUACAAAAGAUGGCCUCUUGGACAUUAAACAUGCAAAGCUACAUCAGCAGGAGCUUGAGGAUGGUUUGGCCAGUCACCAGUCUGUCUAUUUGGCAUUAAAUCAAACUGGAGAUGGCAUCAUUGGCAGGCUGUCCGCACCAGAUAGUAACCUCCUGCAGGAAAAAAUCAAUGGUUUGAAUAAGCGUUGGAAGACUGUUGCACAGGAAGUAAGCGACCAACAGUUAAGAUUAAAGAUGGAAGAUCAGGACCUGGCAGAUUUCCUGAAGAGAACUGAUGAUUUGGCCCUGUGGCUGAAAGACACUGAAUUUAUCAUUAAAAGCUUGCCUGUAACAUCCACAGACUAUAACUUGAAAGAAUUAAAGUCAUUAGCUUUAGAUAUGGAUAUUCAAAAUGAAAAUCUUACCUGGCUCAAUAAAAAUGGAACACAGAUAUUAUCAAGCAAAAAUCUUAGUCUGCAAGAAAGAGACAAGAAUACAUCAAAGCUGAGAAGUAUAAACAUGACUUGGAGCAAGGUGUCUAAAGAACUUUUAGAUAAAGUGGGAGAGGUAGAGGCCAAUCUACAAAAUCACACUUUGUUUCAGGAUAAAAUAAAUCACUUAUCAGACUGGGUCAUAUCAGAAAGAGAAAAACUUAUUCUGAAGGGACAAAUCCCUGUUGCUGCCACCGAGCUUCAGAUAUUAGAGACAAAAAUGAAGGAACAUAAAGUUGAGAUGGAAGAUGUCCUCAGUAGGUCUAUUGAACUUCAGAAAAGACAACAACUAUCACCUCAGGACAAGAACAAGGUAGAGCAGCUGGCAGCAGAUUGGAAAGCACUUGACUUUGCAGUCAAAGAAGUUUCUUUGCAGCCUGUUGUCAACUGGAGUCUCCAGGUCUCUCCUCAGAGAUUAACAGCAGCUCCUAAUAUUCCUGUUAAUACACUGAUGUCCUCAGAAGUCACCUAUCAUAAUGUGCAAAAUCUGGAGCUUUUAGGACCUGCAGACCUGAAUAAAACUGCCACAGAACUGGCUGAUUGGCUUAUUCUCAUUGACCAGAUGCUGAAAUCAAAUAUUGUUACUGUUGGAGAUAUUGAUGAGAUUAAAACCACUAUAGGACGUCUAAAGAUAACAAAAAAUGAUCUUGAACAGAGGCAUUCACACCUGGAAGAUAUUUUCACCUUGGCACAAAACAUAAAGAAUAAGACUUCUAAUGAAGAUAUUCGAACAUCAAUUACUGACAAAUUGGAAAGAGUACGCACCCAGUGGGAUAGCACCCAGAAUGGUGUAGAAGCUCGACUUCAACAAUUGGAUCAAAUGGUGAUUGACAGCAUCCAGUGGACUGAUCAGAAGGCAGCGGUGGAGACACUGAUAGAUCAGAGCGAUGUACAUUUUCAGAGUUUGCUACAGCUGUCUGGGGAGCCCUUAAUGAAACAGCUAGCUUCCAUUCAGAUGUUUUUGCAAGAUUUAAAUAAGGGCCAGAUUACUGUGACUGCUUUCAGGAAUCUUUCAGAUAAACUUUUAGUGGAGUACCCUAAUGAUGACAUAAGGAGAGUUAAGGAAUAUGCAGACCAGCACACCCUAGCAUGGAAUUCUCUUAAUAGCAGAUCUAUUGAGAGACAAAACACUGUGGACUCGGAUCUCAAGCUGCUCCAGACUUCUUUAAAGGAACUGGAGGUGUUCCUAAAGUGGCUUCAGGAGGCUGAAAAUAAGGCUAAUGCCCUGGCAGAUGCUUCAAAUAAAGACGAUCUUUCUCAGGACAAUGUGCAUAUGAAGAUGUUGAGAAAUCAGCUGGAGGAUAUUCAGGCUGAGAUUGAUGCUCACAAUGACAUCUUCAAGAAUAUCGAUAGCAACAAAAACAAGAUGGUUAAAGCUUUAGGAAGUUCAGAUGAGGCUGUCUUCCUUCAGCAGAGACUAGAUGAUAUGAACCAGCGCUGGAGUGACUUGAAGGCAAAAUCAGCCACCAUCAGAGCCCAUUUGGAAGCCAGUGCAGAAAGAUAUAGUCAGUUACUGUCAUCAUUGGAGGAACUGUACAGGUGGCUGCAUCUUAAAGAAAAUGAGCUUUUAAAACAAAUGCCAAUUGGAGGAGAUGUUCCUGUUCUGCAGCAACAGAAAAGCCAUUGUACUACUGUUCAGAUUGAACUGAAGGAGAAAGAGCCCGCAGUUUUGAAUGCCUUAGAUCAAGCCAGAAUGUUCUUGGCAGACCAGCCGAUUGAAGGUCCAGAAGAGCCUCGGCGUAAUCUUCAACCUAAGACAGAUUUGACCCCAGAAGAAAAGGCCCAGAAGAUUGCAAAAGCCAUUCGAAAGCAGUCUGUAGAGCUGAAAGAGAAGUGGGAUCAACUGAAUUCACAUUCUACCAGUUGGCAGCAGCAAGUAGAAAGAGCACUCGAGAAGCUGCAGGAUCUUCAGGGAGUAAUGAGCAACCUUGAUAUCCGUCUGUCGGAUGCAGAAAGCAUUCGCUCAGGCUGGCAACCAGUGGGAGACCUGCUUAUUGACUCUUUGCAAGAUCACAUUGACAAAACCACAGCUUUCAGAGAAGAAAUUGAUCCUAUCCAACAUGAAAUCAAAACAGUUAAUGACUUAGCAAGCCAGCUAGCUCCUCUUGAUGUUCAAGUCCCAUUGAAUUCCUCUCAGAAACUUGAUAACUUGAAUAUGCGUUGGAAAUACUUGCAGGUAGCUGUUGAAGAUCGUCUCAAGCAACUGCAAGAGGCCCAUCGGGAUUUUGGACCCUCAUCACAACAUUUUCUUUCUACUUCAGUUCAGCUUCCCUGGCAGAGAGCUAUUUCACAUAACAAAGUUCCCUACUAUAUCAAUCAUCAAACCCAAACCACAUGCUGGGACCAUCCAAAGAUGACCGAAUUAUUCCAAUCACUUGCUGAUCUUAAUAAUGUUCGCUUCUCUGCCUAUCGAACUGCUAUGAAGAUUCGUAGACUACAAAAAGCCCUUUGCUUGGAUUUACUGGAACUUAAUGUUGCACAGGACGUUUUUGAACAACACAAACUUAAUCAGAAUGAUCAGCUUUUGAACGUCCCAGAUGUUAUUAAUUGUCUGACGACCAUCUAUGAUGGACUAGAAGAAAAUCACAAAGAUUUGGUGAAUGUGCCUCUCUGCGUAGACAUGUGUUUGAACUGGCUGUUAAACGUGUAUGAUACCGGACGCAGUGGCAAGAUUCGUGUGCUGUCCAUGAAGAUUGGAUUGCUGGCCCUUUCCAAGGGGCUUUUAGAAGAAAAAUAUAAAUAUCUUUUCAGACAGGUUGCUGGCCCUACAGAGAUGUGUGACCAGAGAAACCUUGGCUUAUUGCUUCAUGAUGUUAUACAGAUCCCCCGCCAGCUGGGAGAAGUGGCUGCAUUUGGAGGAAGUAACAUUGAGCCAAGUGUCCGUAGCUGCUUCCAGCAUACACAGAACAAAGCAGAGAUUGAGCCAAAGCAAUUUGUGGACUGGAUGCGUUUGGAGCCACAAUCCAUGGUUUGGUUGCCAGUUUUGCAUCGUGUAGCAGCUGCUGAGACAGCAAAGCAUCAAGCAAAGUGCAACAUCUGCAAAGAAUGCCCAAUUGUUGGAUUCAGGUAUCGAAGUCUGAAGCAUUUCAACUACGAUGUUUGCCAGAGUUGUUUCUUUUCCGGACGUACAGCUAAAGGACACAAAUUAAAUUAUCCAAUGGUGGAAUACUGCACACCUACAACGUCUGGUGAAGAUGUAAGGGACUUCACAAAGGUCCUGAAAAAUAAGUUUCGAUCAAAGAAGUAUUUUGCUAAACAUCCCCGACUUGGCUACCUACCUGUUCAGACGGUGCUAGAAGGUGACAAUCUGGAAACUCCUGUCACGCUCAUCAGCAUGUGUCCGGAGCAGUAUGAACUUGCCCAACCCAUACAGUUCUCUCAUGAUGAUACUCAUUCCAGGAUAGAACAUUAUGCAAGCAGGUUGGCACAAGUGGAGAGGUCAAAUGGUUCAUUGCUUACAGACAGCAGUUCUACGACUGGAAGCAUGGAUGAUGAGCACACAUUGAUCUUGCAAUACUGUCAGACACUGGGAGGAGAAUCCCCUGUCAGCCAGCCACAAAGCCCAGCACAGAUACUGCAAGCCGUGGAAAGAGAAGAACGAGAUGAACUGGAGCGUGUCAUUGCAAAACUUGAGGAAGAGCAGAAGAACUUGCAAAUAGAGUAUGAACAGCUGAAACAGCAGCACUGUCAGAAGAGUUUUUCCCCGCUAUCCUUACCUACUGGCUCAGUACUGGCAGAAUCAGCAGGUGAUCCUGAGGAGGCAGAGCUCCUUGCAGAAGCAAAACUUCUAAGGCAACACAAAGGCCGACUUGAAGCACGAAUGCAGAUCUUGGAAGACCAUAACAAACAACUAGAGUCACAGCUCAAGCGGUUACGACAGCUUCUUGAACAGCAGCCUGAGUCUCUCUCACAAUUAAAUGGGAAUUCAGCAUCAUUACCCCUAAAUUCUUACCCUAAACAUUCUUUUCAUCAAGAACUAAAUUCACAAUUUGAUCAAACAGAUGACUUGUUAGGCCCUCCACACAAUACCAGCACAGAUCUGGCAGAUGUCAUGGAGCAAAUCAAUAACACUUUUCCUGCAUGUAGUCCAAAUGCCUCUUCCCGGUAGAAGGUGAGCAUGAAGUUUUGAAGAGGAGCAUGGUGAUCGCUCAGCAGCAGACAAGCCACUAUAAUGAUAUUGUAUAUAUUUAAUAAAGCUGAACACCAUACCCUGUACACAAAGUGCACAUUUUAGAAUAAUGUCUGCAGAAUAAGCCACAGGAGACCCAAAGACAAGAAAUAGGACCACCAUGAUAUAUGUUUUUUGUCUUUCUUGUACUAUGCAAUUAUAAAUUUAUAAACUGUAGAGUAUAUUCAGAGCUGGUUAAUUUGUCAGUAAUUGUAUAAAUAUGCUGCAAUUAGGGGAGGGGGCUUUAUAUCUUCAUUUUUUGCUAUUCUGGGUAUCAUAAAAUAGAUUUGGAGAUUAAAAUUCCAUUUUUACAUACACCUUUGCAUUUGUUCCUGUAAAAUAACUUUUUAUCACUAUAAGCAUAUCUUGUGUAAAAGAAGUUGAACAAGACAGGGUUCUAAAGCCUGCAUGUGUUCUACAAAAAUGUUUAAAGAAAAUUUUUCGUAAACUUUUUUUUACAUAUAUGUUGUUUAAAUAAAAAUGUUCGGCCUUCUUAAAAUAAUGAGCUCCAAAAAAAAAAAAGUGUGAUACGGGGGAAGGGGGGUUUUUUUGGGGGGGGGGGGGUUAGAAUAUUUGUAAGAAAAGCUACUGUCACAAGUGUGACAUCCAGCAUGUUGUGUGUGUAUAUCUGUAAAGAUAUAUUGUACCCGCGUGUGACAUGUUAAGAUGUCUCACACGAGUAGAAAAAGGGACUCUGAAUUCUGGAUAUUCCUGUAAUGAUACCUUUACAGUGUAGCCCAGGGACGCAAGAACAAUAAAAAGAGAGAAACAAAUAUACUUCAUUUGAUAUCAGUAAUGGAAGUCCACUGUAGUUUUUACGUGUAGUAUAAAAUAUUUUUAAUGUGUUUUAAAUUUGAAGAAAGCCAUGACCACCUGUCUACCUCAAAUACAAUUCCAUUUCUUUUACUGUUUGUCUUUAGUUGGUUGGUAUUUUAUAAAAUACGUUUUACUGGCUGUGACUUGUAGGAAAAAAUUGAAGGUUCUUCCACAUUGCAGCAGGCCUUCAUAGAAGAUUAAGAUUUGACUUGUAAGAUGUAUGAAAUCAAUUAUCACAUUUCUUGGCCUUCUCCUGGUAAUGUAAGUGAAGUGUCCCGUGAUAUCCUGUUACUGAGUAACUAGUGGAAACACUACUGUAAAUUCCCAUCAGAUAUGCUCUGCACAAGAUAUUCUGCUUCUUUAGCGAUAUGUUGUUGUCAUGUUCCAAUCUAUGCUAUCAAGUGAUCACACUACAUAUUGUUACUCUAAAUAAAUUUUGUUAGCAAAUGCUGAUUUAUUGUUUAAGUAAUUUCUGUUUUCAUUUCUGAUACAGCCAAUGAAAAUAUAUUUUUCAAUGUUAUAAAGAGGCAUUAAGGAAUGCAUGCAUACAUUUUUAAUGUCAUGUUUCCUGGACCAAAAGAAACAAUAAAUCUUAAACUCUAUUUUUUGGUAUAUAUUUGCAAAUUAAUAACAGUUAUGUUAAUUUCCAUAGUUACCAAGUUAACAGAGUGAAUGGGGGGGUAUUUUAUUUUGCUUUUUUCAAUGUGUUUAAAUUAACUCUGUUCAUUAAACUUGAUUUAAAAAGAGAAUUUAA